AUGCCUUCCGCAGACCAGCAGCACCGUCUCAACCUCGACGGCCUUCAAACCCUCUCCAUCUCAGCCCCAGACGUCCCGAGCCCGCCCUACGAGCACCGCACCACCAUGACGAUCCAGCAAGACGAGCAGCAACCUCCGGCAACCCACUGGCCGCAGGACAUCUGGCUUCACAGCCCCUCAUACCGCGUGCUGUACCAGCCUGUCCUCGUGGUUCCCCACCAGCCGCCGCCCGACGAGUCUCCCUUGCAGCGGCCAGCAACAACCAAUGUGCCUGAUGCGCCACUGCACGAUCUGUCACAAUGCCGCGACGGAGAGGACCCACGACCCGAGGGGAACCCCGCCGACGACGGGUGCGGCCGCUAUCAGCCCAACGGGCAUGCUCAUUCUGAAUCCAAGGGUGACGGGCGUUGA